GACGAUGAAUUUCAAUAGAUGAUUAGUUCAAUUUAAGAAUUAAAUUGAACUCGCCUAAAAAAUUCGUCGAAAAAAUAAAACCGGAAGAGAGUAAAAAUAUGCUGAAUAAUAUCCUAGAGUCGACCAUCAAAAUUUACUUUAAAUGUCAAAUUAAAAUGCCGCAAUGCGUAACAUGUCGAUGGGGUUGACCGCUUGACCAAGUGCAUGCACUUCUUUUUACUAUUUAUAGUUUUAAUCUGUCUCUUCUCUUCUUCUAUCAGAGUCACCCAUUCAAUUUUCAUAAAUGAACUGAGAGAAUCUAUUUCCUCCUUAAGUUUUUUUGGUAAUGAUUUUUCAGAACCCACCCCACCCUUACUUGCAAGUUGUAUUAUCACCAGCUGAAUACAGGGGAACUCUAAAGUGUGGCGACUGCCAUCAUUUUCUACAGCUCUGCCGUCAGACUCAGCGACCUUGUUCUGUUUGGCUCGCAGAUUUUUGCUCCCACACCUAACAUACAUUCCACUUGCCCCAUUUUUCUGGACUAACUAAGAACACCAAUAUUAUCUAGUCAUAGUUAUCACAUGGCUCUACUGCAUAUAUAAUCUUAUGACAGAUCAGUGCCUCAAAUCUAAGAACGACAAAACUUAAUGGAGACGAGGGCAAUAGUUUUUCCCACGGCAGUUUUCAUUCUUUUUAGCUUGUCCGUUGCAGCAUCCGUUUCAGGCAACCUCUCUUUCAACUUCUAUGCAGCUUCAUGCCCUUCUGCAGAGUUCAUUGUAAGAAACACUGUCCGUUCUUUCUCCUCCGACGAUCCUUCCAUUCCGGGGAAACUCCUUCGCUUGGUUUUCCAUGAUUGCUUCGUGGAGGGAUGUGAUGCAUCUUUGAUGCUACAAGGGAACAAUACCGAGCAGAGUGAUCCAGCGAACAGGUCAGUGGGAGGUUUUUCAGUGAUAGAUUCAGCUAAAAGAGUGCUUGAGAUUUUUUGUCCAGCAACCGUUUCUUGUGCUGACAUAAUUGCUCUGGCAGCUAGGGAUGCUGUUGAAGCUGCUGGUGGACCCGUAGUUCAGAUUCCUACAGGCAGGAGAGAUGGGAUGGUUUCAUUAGUUUCCAAUGUCAGACCCAACAUUGUUGACACCAGUUUUACAAUAGAUGAGAUGAUUAGCCUCUUCUCCUCCAAAGGAUUGUCCCUCGAUGACCUUGUCAUCCUUUCAGGGGCUCAUACCAUAGGAUCAGCUCAUUGCAGCUCAUUUAGGGGGAGGUUCCAAGAAGACUCGAAGGGGAGGCUUAGGCUCGUUGACAAUGACCUGGACAGUAGUUAUGCAAAUGAACUGAUGAAAGAGUGUGGAGCAAAUGCAAACCCAUCUGUAACAGUUAACAAUGAUCCUGAAACAUCUAUGGUGUUUGACAACCAGUAUUACCGGAAUCUACUGGCUCGCAAGGGUCUGUUCCAGUCGGAUUCUGUUCUGCUGAGGGAUAAUCAAACAAGAAAAUUAGUAGAAGAUUUGGCAAAUGACCAGGAUCUUUUCUUUGAGAAAUGGAGCCAAUCAUACCUGAAGCUGACCACUGUUGGAGUGAAGACAGAUGAAGAGGGUGAGAUUCGACGUUCUUGUGGAGCAACUAAUGCAUAAGUUGAUGAAUUGUUUUGUGCAUUCUUUGUUAGUUAGUGUGGGAUGUUUUUCAUUGCAGUUUGUCUGGCAUGUUAGACACUCACAGUUUAUGAAAUAACGGGAACUAGAAUAACGCUCGUCAGCUCUAAAACAAUCCUUACAUUUUUUUUGUCUUUUGAAAGAAAAAUAAGAGGGACCGAGUGAGGCUGAAGGCCUGUGGAAUUUGACAUGAUUGUCACUGGAAUAUUUUUUGAACUUACAUGGAC